GCCCCGCGCCGCCACCACGUCGCCGCCAUGGACCUAGGGCCCUUGAAUAUCUGUGAAGAAAUGACUAUUUUGCAUGGGGGCUUCUUGCUGGCUGAGCAGCUGUUCCGCCCCAAAGCACUGGCACAGUUGACCAAGUCUGACUGGGAACAUGUUGGGCGGCCCAUUGUGGAGGCCUUGAGGGAGAUCUCCUUGGCUACAGCCCAUUCCCAGCCGUUUGCCUGGAAGAAGAAAGCUCUGAUCAUCAUCUGGGCCAAGGUCCUACAGCCCUCCCCUGUUACCCCCUCUGACACUGAAACUCGGUGGCAGGAAGACGUAUUCUUCUCAGUGGGCAACAUGAUCCCUACCAUCAAUCACACGGUUCUUUUUGAGCUGCUGAAGUCUCUGGAAGCUUCUGGACUCUUCAUCCAGCUCCUGAUGGCCCUGCCUACCGCUGUCUGCCGCACAGAGCUAGAGCGCUUUUUGGAGCACAUGACCAUUGACACUUCUUCCAAGGAUGUAGCUUUCUUCCUUGAUGUCUGGUGGGAGAUGAUGAAGCACAAGGGCAAUCCGCAGGACCCCCUGCUCUCACAGUUUCGGGUAAUGGCCCAUAAGUACUUGCCCUCGUCAGACGAGUUCUCCCACCCUCCAAAGAGGUUUAAGUCAGACCCAGAUGUGUGUCCAGCCAUGCCCCUCCUGGCCAUGCUGCUCAAUGGACUGAAGAAAAUCCAGAAGAGAAUCCUGUCUGUGGGGAUGAAGUGCUGUGCAUUAGCCAACUUGGCAGACAUGCUGACCGUGUUUGCUCUGGAGGAUGACCCUCAGGAAGUGUCUGCAACCAUGUAUCUAGACAAACUGGCCACAGUGAUCUCCGUGUGGAAUUCAGACACCCAAAACCCAUACCACAAGCAAGCACUGGUAGAGAAGGUAAAGGAGGCAGAGCGGGAUGUCAGCCUGACCUCACUGGCCAAACUCCCCAGUGAGACCAUUUUUGCGGGCUUUGAGUUCUUGCACAGCCUGCUGCGAGAAUGGGGGGAAGAGCUGCAGGCCAUGCUCAACAGCAGCCAGGGGAUGAAUUACGACAGCUACCGGCUGUGCAACAGUCUGACAUCUUUCAGCCAGAACCUGAAGCUGUACCUGGAUUCUACCAGCUUGUCCAAGGAGGAAAGGCAGAUGGUCUCUGAGCUGGCCGAGUGUGUCAAAGACUUUCUGAGGAAAACCAGUAGGGUUCUGAACAACAAGAACUUUGACAACAUCACUGCUUCCAUCGCCAUGGCCAUCAUUGAGCAGAAGAUGGACCGGCACCUGGAAGUGUGCUACAUUUUUGCUUCUGAGAAGAAGUGGGCCUUCUCAGACAAGUGGAUAGCCUGCCUGGCUAAUAACAGGUCUCUUUUCCGAGAUCCAGACUUGGUUUUGAGGCUGUUGGAAACAGUGAUGGAAGUCAGCACAACUGACAAAGCCAUCCCCCAAUCUCAGAUCAAGCAGGUGAUUAGCUUGAUCCUGGAAUGCUAUGCAGACCUCUCACUACCAGACAAAAAUAAAGUCCUCUCAGGUGUCUUACACUGCUGGGGACGAAAGGGCCUCACUGAAAGGCUGUUGGCUUACUUGGAGGGUUUUCAGGAAGACCUCAACACAACAUUUAACAAGCUCACACAGAGUGCCUCUGAACAGGGCUUGGCUAAAGCUGUGGCCUCUGUGGCCCGCCUGGUAAUACUGCACCCAGAAGUCACAGUGAAGAAGAUGUGCAGCAUGGCUGUGAUCAAUCUUGGCACCCACAGGUUCCUGGCUCAGAUUCUCACUGCCUUCCCUGCCCUUAGGUUCACAGAAGAGCAAGAACUGAAUUCAUCCACCACGUUCUUGGUGUCAUGCCUCAAAGAAACUGUCUGGACAGCGAUCUCUACACCCAGGGAAGAAAAGCAAUUUUUGGAGCUCCUGAGCUGCCUGAUGAGUCCUGUGAAGCCCCAAGGGAUUCCAGUCGCUGCUCUUCUGGAACCAGACGAGGUGCUGAAGGAAUUUGUCCUGCCUUUCUUGAUGCUAGAUGUUGAAGUGGCAGAACUCAGUCUGAAGAUCUUCAUCCAGACACUAGAAGUGAGUGCAGAGGAGUACUGGCUCCAGGCCUGUUCCCCGUUCCCCCUUCUCUUCAGUUUGUGCCAGCUCCUGGAUAGCUUCAGUAAGUACUGGCAGCUCCCCCAGGAGAAGCGAUGCCUCUCUCUGGAUGGGAAGGAUCAGGUGAUCCGCAUCCUGGAGCGCCUCUGUGAGAUUGUAUUAGCCAAUGCAGAGACAUUCUCCCCCGACACCUGGAUCAAGUCCCUGUCAUGGCUCCACCGUAAGUUGGAGCAGCUAGACUGGACUGUGGGUCUGAGACUGAAGAACUUCUUUGAGGGCCACUUCAAGUGUGAGGUGCCAGCCACACUUUUUGAGAUCUGUAAGCUUUCUGAGGCUGAGUGGACCUCCCAGGCCCACCCUGGGUAUGGGCCUGGCACGGGGCUUCUUGCCUGGAUGGAAUGCUGCUACAUCUCCAGCAGCCUUGCUGAGCAGAUGCUAUCUCUCUUGGUGGUGGAUGUGGGCAAUCCUGAGGAGGUCAGAUUGUUCAGCAAGGGCUUCCUGGUGGCCCUAGUGCAAGUCAUGCCUUGGUGCAGCCCCCAGGAAUGGCAAUGCCUUCAUCAGUUGAUCAGGAGACUGUUGGAGAAACAGUUCUUACAUGUCCCUUACAGUUUGGAAUACAUUCAGUUCAUUCCCUUGCUCAACCUGAAGCCCUUUGCCCAGGAGCUCCAACUCUCCAUUCUCUUCCUGAGAGCUUUCCAGUUUCUCUGCAGCCAGAGCUGUCAAAACUGGCUUCCUAUGGAAGGCUGGAGCCACGUGGUUAAACUGUUCUGCAGCAGUCUGACCAACCUCCUGGACUCAGUUAGGUUGAUACAGUCGGUGGGCCCCUGGGCCCAAGGACAGGACCAGGACUUGACUCAGGAAACCUUGUUUGUAUAUUCCCAGAUGUUCUGUCAUGUUCUGCACAUCAUGGCCAUGCUCCCUCAAGGAGUCUGUGAACCACUCUACGUGUUAGCCUUGGAAGUACUCACCUGCUAUGAAACCGUAAGCAAGACCAACCCUUCUGUUGGCUCCUUGCUCCAGAAGGUAAAUGAGCAGUGCUUCUUAAAGUCCAUUGCUGAGAAUAUUAGCCCCGAGGAGUGGCGCCAAACCCUGCUUCAGAAGAUCAGCAACUUCUGACCUUUGCAGGGCAGAAAAUAGUUGGGCCUCAACAUGGUGGUUCUGUAGGCGUUAGAGCUAAGAAACACAAAUUUCAGUUAUGUGAGUUUGUACAAAAGAUUGUACACCACAGUAGUGGUGUAAAGAAAAUAGUUUCUUGGGCAUUUGUAACAUACAAACUAUAAUAAAAAUUCUCUUUUGAGUCUUUCUCAGCAAUAGUCU